CUUCAAAAAUAACCAUCGUGUCCAAACUGCAGCUACGAUCUGCAGAAGGGCGAGCUCCAGCCCUCCGUUUUCUGUCACUGCCCCCCUGGGAUAAUUGCAGAAUUUUACAGGACACUCGCAAGUGGUGCUCAUUCAAGGUUCCGGUCCUGGAUUCUGAAUGCUGACAGAAGUAAAACUCAAAAACGAACUUCGCUGUAGAGGCUACCGGACACUUCUUUAAUCUCACUCCCAGAAGCUCUUAGUAUAAAUAGGGGGGCAGGUGAGCCUCUGAGAAGGUGAAUCAACUUCUCUGCCACUGCAAGAUGUGGCAAUUUCUUGUGGUGUAGCCAGUUUCCUGUGCUUUUUUGCGUACUGGAGAAGUUACUGUUGCCUUUCAGUCAGCGAAAAGUGCACGGAAGAUUAGCAAGCAUCAUGCAGACAGAGCCGGUGCCUACUCACCAGGGAGAUGAAUCGGGUCAGCUUUGCGGGAGCAUCAGGACCAUGGCCUGACCACCACUAGGCAUCUCUUACCUGCUACAAUGGGUCGACCUGCCUGAACGUUUCUCACAAUGCACUUGCGUGAUGUUCAUGGAGUCAAUCCUGUAACACAAAAAAUUAUGACCUCGACAUCCAAGGGGAUUCUCCGCCCAUUUUUAAUCACCUGCAUUGUCCUGGUCUGUUUCAUGGCAUUUCUGCUCAUCUACAUCAAACCAACCAGCAGCUGGAUCUUUGGCCCCAUGGAAUCGGCCAGCUCCGUCUUGAAAAUGAAGAACUUCUUCUCCAAGGUGGACUGCCUCAACGAAACGACCAUACUGAUCUGGGUGUGGCCAUUCGGCCAGACUUUCGAUCUGACGUCCUGCCAGGCCAUGUUCAACAUCCAGGGUUGCCACCUGACCACGGACCGUUCUCUGUACAAUAAAUCCCACGCCGUCCUGAUCCACCACCGUGACAUCAGCUGGGACCUGGCUAACUUACCUCAGCAGGCCAGGCCGCCAUUCCAGAAAUGGAUCUGGAUGAACUUGGAAUCUCCAACUCACACGCCCCAGAAGAGUGGGAUAGAACGCCUUUUCAACCUGACACUGACCUACCGACGAGACUCUGACAUUCAAGUGCCUUAUGGCUUCAUGACAGUGAGCACCAGCCCCUUUGUCUUCGAAGUUCCGAGCAAAGAGAAGCUCGUGUGCUGGGUGGUGAGUAAUUGGAACCCAGAGCACGCUAGAGUCAAAUACUACAAUGAGCUAAGCAAAAACAUUGAGAUCCACACCUACGGGCAAGCGUUUGGAGAGUACGUGAAUGAUAAAAGCUUGAUUCCCACCAUAUCGACUUGCAAAUUCUACCUUUCCUUCGAGAACUCGAUCCAUAAAGACUACAUCACCGAAAAGCUCUACAAUGCUUUCCUGGCUGGGUCAGUCCCCGUGGUGCUGGGUCCUUCUAGAGAAAACUAUGAGAAUUAUAUCCCGGCGGAUUCUUUCAUCCACGUGGAAGAUUACAACUCUCCUGGAGAGCUGGCCAAGUAUCUCAAGGAGCUUGACAAAAAUGAUAAACUGUAUCUUAGUUACUUUAACUGGCGGAAGGACUUCACGGUCAACCUCCCACGAUUCUGGGAGUCCCACGCCUGCUUAGCUUGUGACCAUGUGAAAAGACACCAAGAAUACAAGUCCGUGGGCAACCUAGAGAAAUGGUUUUGGAACUAAACGGCCCUGCCUCUUGCACAGUUUACAGAAGGUUUUGACAGAAUCAAUGUCCCAAGCUGGGAUAAGAGAGGGAAGCAAUCUUCUGUGUUUUAUUCCACAGUUCAUCCAAGUCAUCCUCUCGGGGAGACCUUAUUUAUAUUUUGUCUGAGAUGUUAAGUGUUCAACAGCAGCAAUCAUCAGCACUCAGUUUAAAUUAUGCUGUAUAUAGCUAAUUAUGUGCACUGAAAAAAUAAUUUAUUGUUUACUCCCGUUUUUAGUCAACCAUUUUUUCAUAUUUUGGGAUAUCCUGUCUGUCUCUGAAUCAUAAACUGGUGAUGUGAUGGUUGUGUUUCUUCAUUGACUGGCUGUUUGGUCUGCUGGAAAGAUGAAGACCCAGAGCUUAAAAUAUAAUGAAGGGUUUUAAUUGGGUUCUUUCCUCUUCUAUUCAAAAUUUGCACUGAAGCAAUGAAGAAGAAAAUGUCACCACUGAAUUCUAGCCUCUCAACGCUCAAGAUGAAUAGAGUGCAGACUUUGUUGAGAAUUGUUCUUAUUUUACCUGUUUUAAAGGACUUUCAGAACAGAAUUAUUAAAUGUAGAGAAAAGGAAGACGAUGGAGCAAAACAGAGAGAUGGGGUUCUAUAGAAAAAGCUACUAGUCUUUCCAUUUGUUUCCACUAAGAUAACGUAUAAGAUCAUUAACAAUGCCACUGCUGGAUCAGAACAGUGGUCCAACUAGCCAAGUCUCCAGCAGAGGCACAACAAAUGCUUGGAAGAACAAUAUAAUAGAUUGCCCUACUUGACAUCCACCCUAAUGGCUAGGACUCUGCCAACGAACAAUUGGGAAGCAUAUAACAUGAUUCUCUUCAUUUUCAGAUCAAAUAAAAGUAUUGAGCAACAUCUGCUUCACCCAAUAUUUUUUUGUAAUCUGAGAAUUGUUACACCUAUGGCAUUUGAACCAAAUAUAAGCCAGAAUUCACCCUGAAACGUUAUUUUUACUAAAGUGCUGUUCCUACAAAAGGAAGUGGUAAAGAAAAAGCAGCAUCUGUCCUAAUUCUGGAUGCUACUUGAACUAUAAUGCAUUGACUAGGAAUACGUUCAAAGCACUAUUUUCUGUGGUUGCAAAUAUCCAAAUGUCAUUAUGAUUUUGAAUAUGUGCAUGAAAAUAGACGCCUGAUCUAUAGAUUCCAGGAGGGACCUAGCCAUCCGAAAUAAAAUCCCUUCCAGGAACAAUUGAUAUUGUAUUUCUAUCUCUUAAGUAUUUUCCCAAACCAAAAUGAACACCUUAUGAUUUUGGCCAAGUGGGAAAGUAAGAUGCUUAUGAUAGGAGAGAUGUCUGUGUUUGUCAAGUAACAUAUAUCUUAGUGUGUGAAAGGGAGAGAGACAGAUAUGUAGACAAAGGUGCUCACAUGCGAACGGAUUAAAUUGUAUGAACAUUAUCUACUCAUAGAUUUUUAUGCUUAUUAUGGGUACUGUAAUAUCUAGUUCUUGACAGGCAAGACAGCAGAUUUUCUCAUGUGAAAUGACUAAUGUAUCCCUCUUACAAAAUGCAAGAGUUGAAUUUUCAGUUGGAAAUUUUGUACUGUCUUUCUCUUUCUAACUCCAGCACCCUGCCAUCAUGAGAUGACUCAGAAAAAUCAACCCAAUCAUUUAUUUCUGAUCUGAAACUUAUGAUCCAGAGAUCGCUCUUGGAUUCUUCCUUUUUAAAAUCUUCUAGGAGGAAACAUUUAGAUCAGAGGUGAAAGGAUUCAUGCAAUCCCUGAAAGGGACCAUGACCAUUUUUUUUAAGAUUUUAUUCUUUAUAUGAAAGAAAGCAAUUGGAAUUCAACAUUCCUCUAAUGUAUUUAAACUGAAUGUUAAUGUUAGUGGUCCUGCCAUAAUCUGCUGCAUGACUUUGGGACUCAGUUGUGAGGACACACAACAUAAACUAGGUGAAAAUUAUUUGAGCUCUUCAGAAAACCCUGGCCAUAUUACUAGUUUUUGUGGUUAACAAUGUUAGAAGCUUUGCUCUAACAUAAAAAAUGUCACCAAUGAAUAAUAAAGGGUAUGAAUUUUUAAUUUUUUAAAUUCAGAAUUAGAUUACAAUAAUUUUAGUAAUACAUUCCUCUGAUGCUGUUUCUCUAGGUGAAAAAUGUGUUGAUUUGGGGGCAUUAUCUUGCUUGCCAAGCUGAAAAACACGUUAAAGGUAGCAUAUGGAUUCGGAUAUAAGGAUGAAAUGAAAAAUACAGACUUAAUUGUAAAA